AUGUCUACUUCGUCCCCACCGCCGCAGGGAGGCAUUGUCAGCUCCGCCGUUGCGGUGCAGCCAGAGGACGCGUCGCAACUGUCAGCUGAUGACCUCCUGCAGCAGAUCGUUGAGCUUGUGAAUAAGGUGCUAGAGCGUCACUACUCCCUCGUCGAGUUCGACGCUCUCAGCCGCAUCGGGCUCCUGCAGGUAGUGAACGACAUCUUUGCAAAGCUGCAGCCCAGCAUGCAGAUGGACAUGCAAGCGACUCCACCCGAUGAGGCCAUGCCACGCAUGCUGGACUUCCUCUUGAAGAUUCUUGGCUACCGCGUACCAGUCUUCUUCCAAGGCAGUUUCCCGCAGAGCUUCGCCGACGGCGAGCCUCUUGUGGUCUACCCAACCAUGUAUUGGAUUCUCACACACAUGGAGCUGAACGAGAAGCGCGUCUAUCUUGCCCGCUUCCUGCAACCACUGGACAUCCCAGACAACAUCCGUGCCCAGGAUGAGGAUGUGCGCACCCUCUUCAUGCAGUAUCAAGCGCUACGUGGCGCCUUCAUUCAGACCCAUCAGAGGGUCGACAAGCUUCGCUCUGCCUUCGCAGAUCCAGUGGAGGCACGCCGAAAGGUCGCUGCCUUGGAGGAUGAGCGAGACCGCCUGCAGGGGUACAUCGAAGUCGCCCUCAAAAAGUUGGUGGCUGUGCCGGAGAAGGAGAUGCUCCUGGCAUUCAGCAAGUCCCUCCGCAUGGCACGUGAGGAGAGCGCCAAGCUGGCUGAGCGAGAGGUGGAGCAGCAGCAGGCCACGGUGUCUUCUGAGGCCCGCCGCACAGAAAUCAACACACGUCUGCAGAAUCUCCGCCGCGACGCAGCGGACGGCCGCGUCGAGAUGAUGAUCCGGCGCAUGAAAGACGAGAUGGACACAAACCGGAUGAAGCUGCAGGAUCAGCUACCGCAAGAGCUUGAGUCCAUCACGAACGAGAAUGCCGAGCUGCAGAAGCUCGUCUCGGAGCCGCUGGACAUGGCAGCGCUCAUUGGAAAGGAUCGCAAGUUGGACGACGAACUAAAGGUGUUACGUGCAAAAGUUGAGCAGCGGCAACAGCCCGGCGCCGACGGGGCCUCCAUCCCGCGCUUUCGAGACCAGGUGCAGCGCGUCAUGGCACGUAAGGAGGAGGUGCUGAACGAGCUGAGCUCGCUGCAGGCCGACAACAACAAGGCCCUCAACGACAUUCGAGAACGCCAGCUACGCAUCACUCAGCUGCAGUCCGCUACAAACAUGCUACGCAGCGAUGACUUUCGAGACUUUUCCAACCAGGUGCGCGCGAAGAAGGCGGCAACGGAGGGUAUGCGCACCCGCCUCGCGGAGCUGCGCACUGAGUGGGGUACGCUGACCUUCACCGAGGCGACGCUGCAGGAGCAGUACAAUGCCCUAGACGCUGCCAUUGGUAAUCUAGAAAGCAAGCUAGGCCUGCAGGGAUACAGUCGUACGGUAGAGGCUCUUUCCAAGCUGGCACACGAGAAGGACGCCAUAGAGGAGGUGAAGGGCAAAACGCUUGAGGAGCUCUCGCGCGUCGUGCAAGAGUUCACGCUCGCCAUUCGUGAGGGUCGCACGCGCCUGGCACCACUCAUCAACGAGCUGCGUGCUGUUCGGCAGACGGCGGCAGAGGUUGAUCAAGAGUGGGCGGAGAAGAAGUCUCAGUACGAGUACCAGGAGAGCCUCUUGACGGAGGACAUUCAGAAGAUCGACGAGGACGUCACGCACCUCAAGGAGGAGACGACGAUGAGCGAGUCCCUCUACCACCGCGUACGCAUCCAGGGCAUCCUUCUUGCCGCACAGGCGAAGCGGGCAGAGGAGGAGCGGGCGUUCCGGACUGACCCCGCUGCCUCACUAGACCCGCAGCACAAGACGUAUGCUGACUACCUAGCUGAUGUGACACGCACGCUGGAGGCACGGACGAAAGAGAUGCAAGGCAAGCAGCGCGACCUGGAAGAGACGCACGACACCGGCGUGCGGCAGGUGGAGUGGUUUAGCGCACUCCGAACGAUCCUGCAUGCCAAGCUGAAGAGCAUUCAGGCAGAGGCACCCCCUGCAGGCGCGAGGGAUCGCGGCCACAGCAUCGAUGAUGACAUUCGGCAAGUCAUGGGGCGUGCUGGUGGGGCCGACAUGCUCGUGCUGAACAGCAACUAG